AACCAUAUAUUUUUUAAGUGUAUUUUUAAUAUGUUUUUUAAUAUGUUUCUAAAUGUGUUUUUAAAUGUGUAUGUAAUUAUACAAUUGUUAUAAAAUUAUUAUAGAAUUUUUAAUAAUGAUAGGUGUAUUUAACAGAAUCGUACUUUCAAAUUGUAAAAAUUCACUGUUUUCAACCAUAGUGAAUAACAUAAACUUGGAAUCUUCAGUGAACUCAAUAGAAUCCCUGAAAUUCAAUGGAAUUCAAUCAAGAUUUAAAACUGUUAAGGUCUCCGCCUACAGAAGACCUUCCAGGGGAUCUCCUACUGGCCAGAGUAAGAAGGCUAACAUUGGGAUGAAACGGCUCUCUGCGGAAUAUGUUAGGCCUGGUGAAUUAUUGGUUAAACAACGUAAAUUUAUCGCACAUAACCCCAAUGUAACUCGUAAUCGCCACUUUAAGAUUUACCCUGGUGAGAAUGUCGGUGUUUCUACAAAAACCACCAGCUUGUUUUCCCUAGUUUCAGGGCGCGUCAAGUACACACACGACAUCACUAGGAACGUAAAGCUUGUCAAUGUUCUUCCUGAGCCUCCCGACGAACUGCUAAGGGACGACCUCUGGAGGUAUAGAACUGAGCAUGUUACUAGUAUUCAGGACAACACUGCUUUGAUCUGGCGUAGAGUUAAAUCCUCUUUUGCUUUUACCGAUAAAUAUGGACUCGUUAAUCCUCCUCUUAAACCCUAUCCAAGGGCUAAAUUCUUAUCCAAAUACGAUCAAUGGGAAAAUCCAUGCUACCCUGACAUAUUCCUGAAUUAUAAAUACAAAUAACUUUUAAACUAAUCUUGUAAAAAAAUUAA